CCAGAGAAGAGCGCCGAUCAAUUAAUCCGGCCGAUGUAACUUUUGACAUGCUCACGUGUGACCUCAUACUACGCAUUUCCAAAACAACAAGUCGGUAGACUCUGAUCCCAUCGACUAGCCUGGUACCUCUGGACGUUCUCGCGUACGGGUCACGUGCAAUCACUUUCACACUCCGGGCACCCCACCUGCCAUCCCACUCGCUACAGCCACCCUCGAGUAGCUUCAGGCGCACUCACCACGAUAUGUUCCGCCGCCCAGGCACCGGCCCGUCCAAGGCGUCAGCCACCACGCUCUGCCAGAAGUGCCUCCAGCGCGGCCACUACAGCUACGAGUGUAAAGCCACGGCGCAGGAACGCCCCUACAAGUCCCGCCCAUCCCGCACCCAGCAGCUCCUCAACCCGCAGCUCAAGCCCAAGCUCACCACCGAGGUCCCCAGCGACCUCGUCCGCAAGAAAGGCGUCGCCGACGACAUCCUGAAGAAGAAGGAGCUCGAGCGAGGCAGAGCAGUCGGCCGCAAACGGAGUAGGAGCAGGAGCAGGAGCAGAAGCAGAUCAGACUCCGUAGACUCCGUGUCCACGAUCUCGACAAGCGGGAAAGCGAGCCGUUCCCGCUCGCCACCACCGCGACGCCAGAAGCACGAUGCGCGGGGGAAGCGCAGCAGGCGCUCGGCUUCCAUGGACUCGCGGUCCUCGCUCGACUCGCGGCACAGCGGCGACUGCGAGCGCAACACGCGGCGGCGCAUGAGCUCGUUCAGCCCGGAGCAGCGUGGGCGGCAGAGAGGAUCGCGCGACGAGCGUGUUGGGAAGAGCAGGGAGAGGAGCACGAGUCACGGUAGACACGGCAAGCGGGCUUUGCGCCGGAUGUCGACUUCACGCAGCCGGUCGAGGGACAGGAGCGCGGACCGUAUGGAUACAGCAGAUGAUCGAGCGUCAAAGCGCAGUGUAUCGAGAUCGAGGUCACCGAGGCCACAGCGAGGGGGUUGCAGUCCGAGCCUGUCCUCGAAACGUCGCGCUGCACGUCGGUCGCCGAGUCCGCAACGCGAGAGGGGUGGGGGAUUUGGGAACGGGAGACGCGCACGUGAGGAACCACGUGCUGGAGGGAGGAACAGGUUCGAUGACGGGCCUGUAGAGAGGCAUGGGGGAAACGGCCCACCGCCACCGGCUGCGAGACAACCGCCUCCUCCUGCGCCCAGGGUGAGGAGCUUGAGUCCGUUCAGCAAGCGCGUUGCGCUGACACGAGCCAUGAAUGCUGGGUAGAAUGGCACACGGGACUGGUUGUAUUGCGAUGGAGCGAGUUAGGUCUUGAGUAUGCCCGGUUUUGACUCGGCUGUGUCAUUGGCUUUUAGAUACCCUACAUGCUGCACUAUCCAGACGUGGUAUCGACUCCCUGCUCUUCGCUUCCAGGUCUGCUCUGCUCGGCUCUGCCCGG